AACCCCAUCCCAUAAAUCUCGGAUUCUGGGAUUUAUUCCCGUUUUUUUUGGGAUCGCAGCUCCGGAGGGGAAGCGCUCCUCGGGGCUCACGGCCGUGUGGGUGGCGCGGAACCGAUUCGCCGUCCUGGACAGGAUGCACUCGAUCCUGAUCAAGAACCUGAAGAACGAAAUCACCAAGAAGGUUCCGGUGCCCAACUGCGACGAGAUUUUCUACGCGGGCACCGGGAACCUCCUCCUGCGCGACGCCGACUCCGUCACGCUCUUCGACGUCCAGCAGAAAAGGACCCUGGCGUCGGUGAAGAUCUCCAAGGUCAAGUACGUGAUCUGGUCGGCCGACAUGUCCCACGUGGCGCUGCUGGCCAAGCACGCCAUCCUGAUCUGUAACCGCAAGCUGGAGUCGCUGUGCCAGAUCCAUGAGAACAUUCGGGUCAAGAGCGGCGCCUGGGACGAGAGCGGCGUCUUCAUCUACACCACCAGCAACCACAUCAAAUACGCCGUCACCUCGGGGGACCACGGCAUCAUCCGCACGCUGGACCUGCCGAUCUACGUGACGCGGGUGAAGGGGAACAACGUUUACUGCCUGGACCGCGAGUGCCGGCCCCGCGUGCUCACCAUCGACCCCACCGAGUUUAGGUUCAAACUGGCCCUCAUCAACAGGAAAUACGAUGAGGUGCUGCACAUGGUGCGGAAUGCCAAGCUGGUGGGGCAGUCCAUCAUCGCCUACCUGCAGAGGAAGGGCUACCCCGAGGUGGCGCUGCACUUCGUCAGGGACGAGAAAACGCGCUUCAGCCUGGCCCUGGAGUGCGGGAAUAUCGAGAUCGCCCUGGAGGCAGCCAAGGCCCUGGACGACAAGGGCUGCUGGGAGAAGCUGGGGGAGGUGGCGCUGCUGCAGGGGAACCAUCAGGUGGUGGAGAUGUGCUACCAACGCACCAAGAACUUCGACCGCCUCUCCUUCCUCUACCUCAUCACCGGCAACCUGGAGAAGCUGAGGAAGAUGAUGAAGAUCGCCGAGAUCCGCAAGGACCUGAGCGGGCACUACCAGAACGCGCUGUACCUGGGGGACGUGGCCGAGAGGGUGCGGAUCCUGCGCAGCUGCGGCCAGAAGUCCCUGGCGUUCCUGACGGCCGCCACCUACGGGCUGGACGAGGAGGCCGAGAGCCUGCGGGAAUCCUUCGAUCCCGAGAAGGAGACGAUCCCGGCCGUGGAUCCCGAGGCGCGGCUGCUGCAGCCGCCGGCGCCGGUGCUGCCCCUGGACACCAACUGGCCCCUGCUGACCGUGUCCAAAGGCUUCUUCGAGGGCUCCAUCGCCGGGAAAGGGAAAGGAGGAGCCCUGGCCGCCGACAUCGACAUGGACGCCGUGGGCACCGAGGGCUGGGGCGAGGACGCCGAGCUGCAGCUGGAUGAAGACGGAUUCGUGGACGCCGGGGAAGGGUUCGGCGAGGAAGGAGCGGGAAAAGGGCAGGAGGAAGGAGGAGGAUGGGAAGUGGAAGAGGAUUUGGAUCUUCCCCCCGAGCUGGACGUUCCCGCCGGCGCCGGGGGAGCGGCUGAGGACGGAUUCUUUGUGCCCCCCACCAAAGGCACCAGCCCAGCCCAGGUGUGGUGUAACAACUCCCAGCUCCCUGUGGAUCACAUCCUGGCGGGAUCCUUCGAGACAGCCAUGAGGCUGCUCCAUGACCAGGUGGGGGUGACCAAUUUCGGGCCCUACAAGCAGCUUUUCCUGCAGACCUUCUCCCGCGGCCGCAGCGCGUUCCAGGCCCUGCCCGGCCUGCCCGCGCUCUACGGCUUCCCCCACCGCAACUGGAAGGAGGCGGGGGUGAAGAACGCGCUGCCGGCCGUGGGGCUGAAGCUGGGCGAGCUGAUCCAGCGGCUGCAGCUCUGCUAUCAGCUCACCACCGCCGGCAAGUUCGAGGAAGCCGUGGAGAAAUUCCGCCUCAUCCUGCUCAGCGUGCCCUUGCUGGUGGUGGAAAACAAACAGGAGAUUGCUGAGGCGCAGCAGCUGAUCACCAUUUGCCGGGAAUACAUCGUGGGAUUGUCCAUGGAGAUCGAGAGGAAGAAGCUGCCCAAGGAGACGCUGGAGCAGCAGAAGAGGAUCUGUGAGAUGGCCGCCUACUUCACGCACUCCAACCUGCAGCCCGUGCACAUGAUCCUGGUGCUUCGCACCGCCCUCAACCUCUUCUUCAAACUCAAGAAUUUCAAGAGCGCCGCCACCUUCGCCCGGCGCCUGCUCGAGCUCGGCCCCAAGCCCGAGGUGGCUCAGCAGACGCGCAAGAUCCUCGCGGCGUGCGAGAAGAACCCCGUGGACAGCCACCAGCUCAACUACGACCAGCACAACCCGUUCGACAUCUGCGCCGCCUCCUACCGCCCCAUCUACCGCGGCAAAGCCGUGGAGAAAUGUCCCCUCAGCGGCGCCUGCUACGGCCCCGAGUUCCGGGGACAGAUCUGCCGCGUCACCACGGUGACGGAGAUCGGGAAGGACGUGCUGGGGCUGCGCAUCAGCCCCCUCCAGUUCCGCUAGGAAUUCUCCUGGAUGAGGAAAUUCCCACCCCAGCCCCUCCCCUUGGCCAUUCCCAUCCUUUUUUCCCGGUUUUCCCCCACUCUGGAAUUCCGGGUUGUUCCCACGUUUAGCAGGAAUUUUUCUCCUCCUUCCCAGAUCCAUUUUCCUGCGCUUUUAUCCCAAGUUUUUUUUCCAGAGGGGGAAGGGAGGCUCUUCCCAAAUCCUGCUCCCCUUUAAAAUUCCCAAAAAUUCCCUGGAAAACGCCGGGAUUGGCUCCGUAAAUCCUGAAUCCAGGGAGAUCCUGCUCCCUCUGGAAGCGGCUCCGCGUUCGUUGACUCCUUGCGUCGUCUUCGUGGCAGUUUAAUGAGCUCCCCUCGUUAAUAAAGCUCGUUAAUCACCCGGA